CGGAGUGUCAGCCGUCCCAAAUCGGAGUGCCAGCCGUCCCAAGUCGGGGUGCCAGCUCAGCGGGACCGGGAUGGACCCUCCGAGCCCCCUCCCCACCCUGAUCCGCAAGAAGCGGGACGGGGAGCGCCUGGAGGACGCGGAGAUCCGGAGCUUCGUGCGCGGCGUCACCGAGGGCACUGCCCAGCAGGGCCAGAUCGGUGCCAUGCUGAUGGCCAUCCGGCUGCGGGGCAUGGACGCGGGGGAGACGCUGGCCCUGACCCGGGCCAUGGCCACCUCGGGCCGGGCGCUGGCCUGGCCGCCCGCCUGGCACGGGCUGGUGGUGGACAAGCACUCGACGGGGGGCGUGGGGGACAAGGUCAGCCUGGCCCUGGCCCCAGCGCUGGCUGCCUGCGGCUGCAAGGUGCCCAUGAUCAGCGGGCGCGGGCUGGGCCACACCGGGGGCACCCUGGACAAGCUGGAGGCCAUUCCCGGCUUUCGAGUCUCCCUGAGCCCCGAGGAGAUGUGCAGUGCCCUGGAGCGGGUGGGCUGCUGCAUCGUGGGGCAGAGCGAGGAGCUGGCACCCGCUGACCGGGUGCUCUACGGGCUGCGGGACGUCACGGCCACCGUGGACAGCGUGCCCCUCAUCACCGCCUCCAUCCUCAGCAAGAAGGCGGCGGAGCAGCUCUCGGCGCUGGUGCUCGAUGUGAAGUUCGGGGGUGCCGCCCUGUACCCCACCCAGGACAGCGCGCGGGAGCUGGCCCGGAGCCUGGUGGAGGUGGGCACACAGCUGGGUAUCCGCACGGUGGCCGUGCUGUCCCGCAUGGAUCAGCCCCUGGGCAGGGCCGUGGGGAACGCGCUGGAGGUGCUGGAGGCGCUGGAAUGUCUGGACGGGGGCGGCCCCCCCGACCUGCGGCAGCUGGUCACGGCCCUGGGCGGGGUGCUGCUGUGGCAGUGCGGGAAGGCGGCGGGGGCCGCGCAGGGCCGGGAGCUCCUGGGGCGGGCGCUGGACGAUGGCUCAGCCCGGAGCACCUUCGAGGCCAUGCUGGGGGCGCAGGGGGUGCCCCCCGACACCGCCCAGCGCCUCUGCAGCGGGACCCCCGCCCAGCGCCGCCGGCUCCUGGGAAUGGCCAAGGUCUGCGAGGAGCUGCCCGCGCUGCGGGAAGGCUGGGUGCAGGAGGUGCGGGCGCUGCCCCUGGCCCAGGUCCUGCACGGGCUGGGCACGGGGCGGACGCGGGCCGGGGACCCCGUGGACCCCCUCGUGGGCGCCGAGCUGCUGGUGGGAGCGGGGCAGCACCUGCGGGCAGGCGAGCCGUGGCUGCGGGUGCACCACGAGGGGACCCUCGGCGCGGGGGGGCGGCGGGUGCUGCAGGGCGCGCUGUGCCUCGGCCCGGAGCCCCCCCGGGACCCGCCGCCGCUGGUGGCCGAGACCGUCGUGCCCGAGGGGUCCGCCCCGGCCCCCCAAUAG